UAUGGCCCUUUGCCAACCCUUUGCAGUGCCAUGUAAAGGGGGGGGGGCUGUAUCAGCACCCGUCGUCCACUGGAUUGACCUGAUUGAGCAUCGUUUUUUUUUCUUUUUCGAUUCUUCUGUCCAGCCAUAUCAAAUACCUGCAACAUGGCCUCCGCGAUUCCCCCUCUGGUCGAAACCCUCUGACAGACUCAACAAAUAAGCCAUCGGCAGACCAGGAAUGCCACUGCUCUAAGCACAGAGUCAGCCACAUUUUUGUAAACAUGGAAGGAUUCAUCGAACCAAGACGUGGAUUGUUUUUUUUGUGGGUUAUUUUGGAUGUCGUUCAAUGCCAGGAUUAGAUUUGGCAACACCGUAUUCCCGGGAUGACAAUAGUUGACAGAGAACACACAGCCGGAACUGAUACGGUUUACCUGGCGCAUUUCCACGGCGCGAGGGCACGAGACCAUACUGUUUGUGUUGGCAGCGGCUGUGGAUACUCCCUGCGCCAGCGCACGGCGGCGGGAUGGCGGCGUCGCUACUCCAGCUGCUUCAAGUGCGAGUUGACUGUGUGGCCGAGGAAAAAAUGGCCUUGAAAGCUGGCCGACGUUUCAGUGCCGAUUAGGCAGGCGCAUUGCUUUCUUAGUCUCUUCCCCGGAGCACCCAGAAAAACAAGAGCGCCUGCCACGCAUAUUUUUCCUUGCCACCACAAAUGCAGUUGGUGGAGGUGCAAGUGAAGCAGGGCCUGCUCCGAGGGCAGCGGCUCUCCCCGCCCACCAAGAACCUCCCCGCGUUCGACGCCUUCCUGGGCGUCCCCUACGCCAAGCCGCCCGUCAAGGAGCUGCGCUUUCAGGCUCCCCAGCCGCCAGAGCCAUGGGAAGGCGCGCGGCCCGCCCUGGACCACGGCGCCGACUCCCUGCAGAACGACUUCAUGCUGCGCAAGCAGGCCGGCAGCGAGGACUGCCUCUACCUCAACGUGUACUCCCCCCAGGUGCCGUCCUCGGUGCGCACCCCCGUGGAGGGCGCGCCCUGGCCCGUCAUGGUGUGGUUCUACCCGGGCGGCUUCACCAACGGCACGUCGCACAUGAGGCAGUACGCCCCGGAGUGGCUGGUGGCCAAGGGCGUGGUGCUGGUCACCGUCACCUACCGCCUCGGCGCGCUCGGCUUCCUGUCGCUGCGCUCCUCUAAGUGCCCCGGCAACGCCGGCCUCAAGGACGCGGUGGCGUCCCUGCAGUGGGUCCGCGACAACAUCGGCGUGUUCGGCGGCGACCCUAACCGCGUGACGGUGUUCGGCUGCUCCGCGGGCGGCGCCGUCACCGAGCUCCUGCAGCUGGCGCCCGCCGCCAAGGGCCUGUUCCAGCGCGCCAUCAUGCAGAGCGCGUCCUCGCUCAACCAGUGGUGCCUCCUGGAGGCGGCCGAGGCGCGGCGCCGGGCCUUCCGCCUGGGCGAGGCGCUGGGCUGCAGCACGCAGGACGAGGACGAGCUGCUGGCCUUCCUGCAGAAAGCGCCCGCCGUCGACAUCCUGGCCAAGUCCGACUCGGUCAUCGACAUUGAAAAGGACGGGUCCAGGGGGCUCAUGUUCCCCUUCCUCCCCGUGUCCGAGGCCGGCUUGGACGUCGCCGACGCCUUCCUGGUGGACAAGCCCAGGACGCUGCUCAACGAGCGGCGGUACUUCCCGGUGCCCUCCAUUGUCGGCCUCGCGGACAUGGAAGGCAUCCUCACGCUGGAUGACUCCUUCGCCGGCAAAGCCAUAGCCAGCACCACCUCGCUGGAGGUGGCGGACGCGGACCUGGAGCGUGUCAUCCCCGCCGAGCUGGGCCUGGAGAAGGGCUCCCCGGAGAGCGUGGCGCUGGCCGACGGCAUCCGCCAGCUGUACUUCGACGGCGGCAAAGUCACGCGCAACGGCUACUGGAACCUGUACUCCGACUUGCUCUUCGCCACCGGCGUCGUGCAGGCCGCUCGCAUCCACGCCACCCAGGUGCCCGUCUACUUCUACCUGUUCUGCGUCAUGGGCAGGAACAACGUGCUCUCCACCUUCCUGAAGGCCGAGAACCCCACAGGGGCGUGCCACGGCGACGAACUCGGCUACCUGUUCGGACGACGGCCACCCUUCCCCCCGGAGCCCGAGUGGGAGCCGCACAGCCUGGAGCUCGCCACCAAGACGAGGCUCACCACCCUGUGGGCCAACUUCGCGCGGACUGGGGUGCCGACGCCGGCCGCGGACCCCGACGUGGACAACGUGGAGUGGAAGCCGCUGGCCGGCAACCCGGACACGACGGCGCCCCUGGCGCCCUACCUGGACAUCGGGGCCACGCUGUCGGUGCCACGCGCGCCCCUCUGGGAGGAGAGGGUCGCCUUCUGGGACCGGGUGUACGCCAAGCACGGCCCGAAGUAGGCGCUUCGGGCAGCACGGGGGGGUAUGCACUCGCGUAGUACCUUGUACACACACGCCCCGCAUUACGUCGUGAACGAAUUGUAGCACCUAUACACCGUAAUACACGCGUGAUACCACCGCAACUGAGCGUCCGAUCCCUAAGUGUGUGCCCCCUCGGAGCAGCAGCCGAGGUUGCGAGUGCGGUCGUGGCCGGGAAGCAACGUUCACUACUGCCAAAGAGGGAUAACUCCCGUCGGUGCUAUGUCAAGAUUUAUUGUUGUUAUACUUUUAUACUUGUUGGCAAUUUUGUGUUAGGAAAAGUAACGAUUGUAUAAUAUAAUUUUAAUCACAAAA